AUGUUUCUCAAUGAGAACUUGUUUUUCUUAAUAAUUUUAUUCUUCAUCGAGCAGACUGAAGGUUAUUCAUAUAAUCGUCCAAUACUUUCUUCUGAUGCAGGAUGGAAUCCCAAUGGUGUAACAAUCGCUAAUGAAACUCUGAUUGGACCGAAUCCAUUUGAUUUAUUUAUCAAUCAGAAUAACACGGUUUACAUUCCAAAUCAAAUCAAUGGACAAAUUCUCGUUUUUCUUCAAGGAAAUUUAAGUUCAAUCAAAUAUAUUUCUGCUAAUCUAACAAAUUCAUCAAGUUUAUUUGUCACAAUACAAGAUGAUAUUUAUGUCGACACAUUUUAUUCAUCAGUCAGUUCCGUGAGUAAAAUCAAAUCGAACUCGACGAAUUUGAUUUCCAUUCCACGAAUAAAUCUUUGUCAACAAUGUUUUGACAUUUUUGUGAGCGAAAAUCAAACUCUUUAUUGUUCAUUAUCAGAACAACAUCAGAUUAUUUCGAAAUCAUUGAUUAAUGAUGGGAAUCAUUUGAUAAUUGUUGCGGGAACAGGAACUCCUGGUUCAACAUCAACAACACUUCGAAAUCCUAAAGGUAUCUUUCUUGAUGAAGGGAAUCAAGAUUUAUUUGUCGCAGAUUGUGGAAACCAUCGUAUUCAAUUAUUCAAGUAUAGAAGACUGAUCGGAGUAACUUUAGUUGGAAAUGGAUCUUCAAAUUUUACAUUCGAGCUCAAUUGUCCAAGCGGGAUCGCGUUAGAUUAUCAAAGUUAUUUAUUUAUCGCUGAUUCGAAUAACCAUCGAAUUAUUGGCCAAAAUUCCAAUGGUUUUCGUUGUUUAUUGGGAUGUUAUCAAUCACAAGGCUCAAAUUCAAAUCAACUAAAAUAUCCAUCGAGUCUUAGCUUUGACUCUUUUGAAAAUCUUUUUGUUGUUGAUCAGCAAAAUAAUCGAAUUCAGAAAUUUGAUUUGGUAAUCUAUUCAGGACAGUGGACAAUGACUGGAACGAUGAAUAUCGGACGAUAUGGUCAUUCAGCAUCGGUACUAUCAAAUGGAAAAGUGUUAGUCGUUGGUGGGUGUGAUUCCAACAGUGCUGAGCUGUAUGAUCCAUUAACUGGUAAUUGGACAACAACUGCGAGUAUGAGUUUUCCUCGAUGUAGGGUUACAUCAUCACUACUAUCAAAUGGAGCAGUGUUGGCGGCUGGUGGAUCCUUUUGGAAUAGUACUGAAUUGUAUGACCCAUCAACAGGUAAUUGGACAAUGACUGGAAGUAUGAGCUUUGGACGAACAGAUCACACAGCAUCAGUAUUAUCAAAUGGAAAAGUCUUAGUCACUGGUGGAUGUUGUUAUCUAUCAAGUGCUGAAUUAUAUGAUCCAACGAAUGGGAUUUGGACAGUGACUGGAAGUAUGCAUUUUGCACGAAUAUUUCAUACAACAUCGGUCUUAUCCAAUGGGAUGGUGUUGGUCGCUGGUGGAAACAACGGCAGUGCUCUCACUAGCACUGAAUUGUACGAUCCAUCAACAGGUNAUCUAUCAAGUGCUGAAUUAUAUGAUCCAACGAAUGGGAUUUGGACAGUGACUGGAAGUAUGCAUUUUGCACGAAUAUUUCAUACAACAUCGGUCUUAUCCAAUGGGAUGGUGUUGGUCGCUGGUGGAAACAACGGCAGUGCUCUCACUAGCACUGAAUUGUACGAUCCAUCAACAGGUAAUUGGACUAUGACUGGAAGCAUGAAUUUUCCACGCUUUCGACAUACGGCAUCGGUAUUAUCAAAUGGAGCAGUAUUAGUGGCUGGUGGAUCCCCUUUGAACAGUUCUGAAUUAUAUGAUCCAACAAAUGGGAUUUGGACAGUGACUGGAAACAUGCAUUUUGCACGAUAUGAACAUACAUCAUCGGUAUUAUUCAAUGGAAAGGUAUUAGUCGCUAGUGGAGACGCAAACGGGACUGCUGAAUUGUACGAUCCAUUAACCGGUAAAUGGACAAUGACUGGAAAUGUACAUCAUGCUCGAGUUUCUCACACAGCAUCGAUAUUAUCAGAUGGAAAAGUAUUGAUAGCUGCUGGAUCGGGUUCGAAUAGUGCUGAAUUAUACACAUAA